AUGGGUGGAUGUGAGCCGGAGUUUGGGUUGCCGUGCGAGAAGCACCCGACCCACCACCCGCAACCGGGCGUCUGCCCCGUUUGCCUCGCCGAUAAACUCUCGGAGCUCUCAGUUUUGCGUUCUUCUUCAAGGAACAAGAAGACGGCAAUGGCGUCUACCUUCUGUUCUUCUUCCCUAUCGUCCUCGCCGGUUUACUCUUCUGGUUCCUCUCCGUCGUCUCCGGGAUACCGCCGGCACCACCGGGUGGCUUCCGAUGUCAUGAUGGGCUCCUUUUCGCUCUUCGAAAGCGGCGGCGGCGGCGGCGGCAACAACAAUGCCGGGCUGAGCAAGAGCAGAUCUGUGGCGUGUGAUGCGAAAACAAGGGCGAGGGAGGGUGUGGGUAGGAAGAAGAAAGGAGGGUUCUGGUGGAGGCUGAUUCGCUCGACCGGGAAGAAGACGAAGCGGGUGUUCGGCCAUUCGAGCGCCAUGAACAAAGAGUUGAACAUUUACUAUGUAUAA